AUGGAGAACAUGAGUACACUCUUGGUUGACCUUUUGUCUCUAUUCUUAUGUGACUUAGGUCCUCACAAAAAUAGCACAAUAUGCAUUAGCAAGUAUGCAGCCGUAAAUACAAAUGAUUUUAAUACCAAGAUUAUUGCGGAUGUUACACAUUCGUUUACAUCAAAGGCUAGGUUGUUGCAAAAUAUAAACAAAGACUGCAAAUUGUCUUACUCAAAUGAAGCGUCAUAUACUACUUUUGAAGGCAAAACAAGGCUUUUCAACUUUGUCUUGGCUCCCUUACCGUAUCCCUUGAGGAUUUAUGAAAGAUGUAAAGCGUUUACACCAAUCUUUGCUCAGUUAAUUGAUGAAAUGUGCUCGCACUUGGAUGAAUUGGAUGAGUUAUUCUCGCCAAUUACUUCUGUGGAUCCUUUUGUAAAGGGUUUACUGGAGAUAUCUAGGGAAGUGUAUGGGCCUAAUGGGAGGGACUACAACAAGGACAUUAGAGUAUACAUUAACAGAGCUGAUUACAUACUCCAUUCUGAAGAAAUCGCACAACAAUCAAACUCAAAAACUAGCAAUGAGGAACUAACAUACUGCAGAUAUUGUCUUUAUGACUACUGCAUGUGUAAUGAUAGGGAGCAAGUUACAUUUAAUAAUUUCGGAGACUCUCCUGAACCUGAUCACAAGAAACUAUCCGCUGAACUUGUACCAAAAUUGGUGGAAAUUAAUACGAUAGCGACGUCGUUUUCUCACGCAUCCGAAUUUAUUUUCGACCUUCACAAAGAGCUUAUUGAUAGUCACAAACAAAGGGAGAAAUUAACGAGAAAUACGGAAAUGACACAUACUGAAAACUACCCAAUUCUGUCCUACGUAAGAACCAUUAUAUCCGCGCAUGAUUUAUACCUCUCAAGAUAUCCUCCCAUCUUUGGAAAGGAAAAAACGUGCGUGCUACUUCUAGUGGAUGACUAUCUCUUGGAUGAUUUUGAUAUUUAUCCAAUCUCCAACCUCUAUAAGGAGCAUGGAGUAGUGACAAAGAUUGUACAUGUAGAAGACUUGUGCAAUUUGAUGAGGCAGAGGAAGUUACUUUUGGUAAAUGAAUGGGAGGUUGAAGAUGGAUCUGUGAGAUUUACACGAGUAUCAACUUACUAUACAGAAAAGAAACCUGGAAGACUUAUUCUACUCAAUAAUGAACUUGAUGAUUCCGCAACAUUAAAAGACUUUACGGGUUGCUACGAAGUGAGCGUAUUGUAUUACAGAACUUGGUAUGACCCUAGUUGCAUCGAAUCAUAUAAAGAUGCUUGGAGUUUACGUUUGCUUUGUGAAUACUCCGAUGCAGUAAAGGUUCCAUCAGCACCCGCACAACUUGCUUCGUCAAAGAGAGGACAGAUGAUAUGGAGUGACCCAAAACAUAUAGAUCGUCUACUUGCUUCUCACAAAAAGAGAGUAAAGGGGGAAGCCUACAAUGAGGAACUUUUAGAUGCCGUAAAGGAGACUUACAUUUUGCAGGUUGAUCCAUCCCUUGACGUCAACGCUGAAAUUGUAAAUGACGCUAUACAGAAUCCUCAUAGAUAUGUUUUAAAAUCGCAACGAGAAGGAGGAUUUGGAGUUGUAUACAACAGUGACAUUUCAGAUGCACUUUCCAGGGGUAUCGAGAAUAAAGGGGAUGUUUCUCACUACGUGCUCAUGAAACGAAUCAUUCCUCCUACGCAACCAUCCUUAUUCGCCAGAAAUUUAAAUGACGAGACUUUCGAGGUUGAACUCCACAAUAGCAUUACCGAACUUGGUAUAUUUGGUUUUGCUGUAUACGAUGGUAAUGUCUGCAAAUUUAACGACACUGAUGGUUAUCUGGCGAGAACAAGAUCUGAGUUUACCAAGGGAAACGUGUGUAUAGAUAUGGGAUUUAUCAACUCUCUGGUAUUUUACUAG